CACAGCUGAGACUCUGCAGACUUUUCCUCUCGGUUAGGAACUGGGUUAAAUGUCGGUGUGUUUGUGCAGAGUCACGGAGCACAGUUAACUCCUCUACAGCUUCUUACUGCCCCAGCUCUCACGCGCUCCAAUGGGUGAAAGUGAAGAGAGGAGCCCCGAUGGACUCAAAUACUACAGACUGUCAGAGGUGGAGGAGCAGAACACCUUCAAGUCAACAUGGAUCAUCAUUCACAACAAAGUCUACGAUGUCACCAAGUUUCUGGAAGAGCACCCUGGAGGAGAGGAGGUGCUGAGGGAGCAGGCGGGAGGAAACGCCACUGAGAGCUUCGAGGAUGUGGGACACUCGACCGACGCCAGAGAGAUGGCCAGCGACAUGAUUAUAGGAGAGCUGCACCCGGACGACGUUAAUAAACUCCCUACUGCCACGGACACACCUCUGACCACUCUGAAGGACGACGCCAGCUGGUGGACUAACUGGUUGAUUCCCGGCCUGGCUGCCUGCAUCGUCAUGCUGAUGUACCGCCUGUACAGCUCAGAGGAGUGACAUCACCAGCAACGAGCCGCUGUGAUGUCAUCAACACACACUAAAGUCUAGCCCCGCCCCCUUCUCUCUGAUUGACAGCUGCAGCAGCCAAUAGCAGGGCGCGGAUGCUGCAGCUCCUCCCUGACGUAGAGGAUUCAAACAAACAGUCUCAGAGGGAAACUCCUGUAACUCUACGCCCCCUCCCUCCCCCCCCAUCACUGUACUACAUUACCCAAGAUUCAUUUCGCGCUUUAUAUGAAACAACCAAUCACGUGGCAUUACGCUAAUGAAGUCAGAUCAUUUGUAAUCGUGUAGAAAAAGCAGAGGAUGUAUAAUUUGUUGUAUCUUUUUAUAACUUUGUAACUGAAUGUAAAUCAACAUGUAAACAAUCAGCAGCAGCAGCCAUGAUGAUGUCAUCACACUGCAGUCAUGUGACUCUCGCUCAGACCUGUUGUUACUAAGCAGAAGAUCGUAAUGAUGCAAUAUGAAACUGUUGUUAUGUUUGUAUUGAUGGAGGUCACUGAAUGAAGUAUAAUCCUGAUUAUUCAGGAAGAAUCAGACCAAAACGUUUCUCUUUUUUUUUUUUUUUUUUUUUUAACAACGUGGAUCUUUGUAGCCAUAAACCUGCCGGUGCCUUUAUGAGAAAUAUGACUUUUAAUGCUCUUAAAGUCAAAGUGAAGAUAAUCAGAUGACAGGGAAAAAACACCAGAAGCUGCUAAAAGAGAAGUUCUGCUAUUCUUUCUUCUUUCUGCCGAUCACUUCAGAAUUAUUCCUUUUUAAUGUUUCUACUAAUUGACUCUUUACAGUAUAAACAUGUACAGAGAUGUGUAGUUUUAAUCAUACGAACAUCAUGUUGAAACGUUUUUAUAAAUCAAUUUAAUGUCUUAUAAGAAUAAAUCUGUUUUCUGUGA